GUACUUCUCCCCCCGCCCGUUUUCGCCCUAUAGCACCGAAACUGACGGCAGCAAUGGAACAUGACUUUGCUCCUUGUGUCUGUUCGGUCAACAGGGGAGGGUUUGGAGUUUCCAGGGUUCCUAUCGACCUUGCGCUGGCGGUGACGAUCUGGCGCCCCCCUGGCGCCCCCCUAUGUCCGACGACGCUGAUCCGGGACCGGCUCUUUUGGGGGAUAGCGGAACAGAUGAUAUGCGAUAUCUUCAACCUCACCAUCGAAGCGAUCUUUGAUCGCUGGGGUCACCUGGUAAACCAGCUGCAACAUGAUGCAAUUCUAUCAAAGAUAGAUAUGUUCUGUCAGGCAAUUCAUGAGAAAGGUGCCCCGCUCACGCGUUGUUGGGGCUUUAUCGACGGCACUAUUCGCGCGAUCUCGCGACCUAAGCGUAAUCAGAGAUUGUGGUACAAUGGUUGGAAGCGAAAGCACGCGUUGAAGUAUCAAGCGAUCGACACCCCCGAUGGGAUAAUUCGCAUGCUUUGGGGUCCCAUACUCGGGCGUCGCCACGAUGUCGCCAUGGUAGGGGAAAGUGGUCUGCUGCAAGAUCUGCAGCAGUGGUUCAACGACGCAGCAGGCACCCCUUACUACGUAUUCGGCGACCCUGCGUACAGCCUUUCGCCCUGGUUGCUGGCGCCGUACAAGGGGGUUUUAAACGCCUUCGAACAGACCUUCAACACCGCAAUGAGCUCCGUCAGAGUCUCGGUUGAAUGGGGGUUCGGAAAAAUCGUGGCCCUCUGGCCGAUGACNGCAGCAGGCACCCCUUACUACGUAUUCGGCGACCCUGCGUACAGCCUUUCGCCCUGGUUGCUGGCGCCGUACAAGGGGGUUUUAAACGCCUUCGAACAGACCUUCAACACCGCAAUGAGCUCCGUCAGAGUCUCGGUUGAAUGGGGGUUCGGAAAAAUCGUGGCCCUCUGGCCGUACGUUGACUAUGCCAAGAAGCAGCAGGUGGCGCUCAGCGCUUGCGGGCUUGGUAAACAGUAUGCGGUCGCCGGCAUUCUGACGAAUUGUCACUCGUCCUUCUACCGCAACAACACUUCUUUCUACUUCGGUGUAAAACCCCCGUCGCUUCGCAGCUACCUGAACGGCGAAGGGUAGAGUGUGGGUUGACGGGCUGUAAGUGUCAGAGGCAUGGGGUGAUGGUGGCUUAGGUCCGGGGCGCUGGCAGAAGGUGCCGCUGAGACUCUAGUAGUAACGCCUGGCAUGCUCGCUGAUAUGUUUGCAGA